UUUUUUAGUUCCGUAUCCAGAAUACACUCAUCUGAGAAUGGCGACGCCGGGGUCCGCAGCUCCCAGGCGGCUUGUCCAGUACGUCGUAGUACGGUCUGACCUGGUCCACACGCUGGCCUGGCCUUUAGGAGCGGUUAUAACGCAAGCCUGCCAUGCUGCCACCGCCGCAAUACACCUCAACUACAACGACGCCGACACGCAAGAAUACUUGGCAGAACUAGACACCAUGCACAAAGUAGUGCUUCAGGCUCCAGACCAGGCCUCUCUCUCCAGCCUCGCGGAGACCCUGACGGAAAAGGGCGUGGCUCACAAGUUGUGGAUCGAGCAGCCGGAGAACGUGCCGACCUGCCUGGCUCUGAAGCCGUACCCUAAAGACACCGUGCAUCCUCUCCUGCGCAAGUUCAAACUGUUCAAAUGACCCCGGGAACGGUACUGGGGGACCUGUGCCUGAGCCUUGAAGGAGCUGGAGGGGUCGAGGAGAGAGGACAAAGCCCUCAGACAGACAAGUGAAAAACUGAUCUAUUUAAGAUGGCUGGUAUCCCCAGAGAUCACAUCAACAUAGAUCCUUAAUCUGCCUCUGCAAUGGGUCCACUGGACAUGUAAAUAAGAAUAAUUUACAUGUAAAUAAGUAUCAUGUACAUGUAAAUACAUUGAAGUAUGAAUUAACAUGACAAAUAUGACCCAUGAGAUUCAUCACUUGUGGAGUCCUUGAGACAGUGGGGUAAUAAAAACGUGACAUUUAGUUUGUGAUCUUCA